UGUAGAUUCUACUUCUUCUUCUUUCACUCUAGUGCAGAUCUCUCUCUUCUUCUCCUUGACUAGUUAGUUAGUUGUCCAGUCUUGAUUUAAUUGAUUAUUGAUUAUUACUGGUGGUGGUAUUCUUCAUUUAAUAUUUGGUUUGGUUAAUUAAAGUGAAGCCUUUACAAAAGUGAAUUUAAUAACAUCACCACAUAAAAGAUAGAUUUAUUUAAAUUAAUUAACAACAACCAGAAAGAGAAGAAGAAGAUUUGUUCUCUCUCUCUCUCUCUUUCUUCCUGAAUUCUUCUUCUACUAGAGUAUUGUGGAAGAAGAAGAAGAAGAAGAAGAGGAAAAUAUCAAACUCUAUUUUUCAACUCUCUGAUUAUACUAACUACAUUGUCCGUCUCUCUGUCUAUGCUUCUUCAUUAGUCAAAUGGUAUGGUGGUGGAGGAUAAUUCAUCAUCAAUUUCGUAAAUUCUGAUCACCAUUUUCAUUAUCAAUUCAUCACCAUCAUGAAUCAGAGGAGGGUGGGGAUCUCCUCUUUGAUGUCUUCUACUUCUACUAGAGGACAACAUCACCGUACUAGUACUCCAAUUACUACAGAUGAGAAUUUGGAUCUCUUCUCUAGGAAUCCACGGAUCUUCAAUUCCUAUUCUUCUCAUGAAUCUGACUCCUCAACCUCAGCAGCAGCAGCUGCAGUUUCUAUGAAAUUGGGAAGACUUUCAGUUGCUUCUGUCAAAUUAUCAUCUCGCGAUGAUCUUUUCAACAACAACAACAACCAUGAUGAUGGCGAAGCAGGAAAACACGAUUAUGAUUGGCUUCUCACCCCUCCGGGGACUCCUCUUGUUUCUUCUUCCGAUGCCAAUGAGCCUCCAUCAGCUCCCAGAAGAACAGCAUCAGUUAGAUCAGCCUCUACCACCAAGCCUUCAAGGCUUUCAGUGGCACAACCAGAGAACAUCUCACGACACACUAGAAGUAGUUCAGUCACUCGCUCAUCAAUCUCUACAACAUCUUUUUCCGCCAAUAAAUCCUCUGGGUCGAUCCUCAACACCAGCUCGCAGUCCGUCACGUCUAUCUCUAGACCUUCCCGUUCAUCCUUGCCGCCGUCUUCAGCAAGACCUUCCCCUCCGACAUCUAGACCAUCUACACCAGGUGCUCGACCAUCAACCCCUUCCAGAUCCAGAACAAUCACAACAACCACUACUGUUGCAAAACCCCAAACCCCACAAAAUUCAAGACCCUCAACUCCAACUUCAAGGACGCAAAUCUCUACAAAUUCAAAUACUAUAGCAGCUCGGUCAAAUUCCCGUCCUUCAACUCCCACUCGUCGAAACGCAGCACCAGGUCCGCCACAAGUUAGAGGCCGUUCAGCCUCUGUAGGACCACCACUAACUAAUAGCCGGAGCUCGUCAGUGGCAUCUCGUGGAAGCUCACCUGCACCACGCACCCGAACCAUGCAUCAACCCAUUGUACCACCCGAUUUUCCUCUUGACACCCCACCAAACCUACGGACAACAAUGCCAGACCGUCCGGUUUCUGCUGGUAGGUCCAGACCAGGUACUGGUCUUGCUGCUAGUAGAAAGGUGGAAGCAUCAGGACCGGUGAGUCCGAAUCCGAACCCGCUACGGAGGCAAUCGGCGUCACCCGUAACCACAAGAGGAAGACUUUCAGAACCUUCCACAAGAGGAAGAUCCCAAGUGAAUGUGAAUGCAGUGGAUAAUCAGAAGGUGUCACCAAGCUCGGAUGCAGCUACUCGGAGGCCUUUGAAACCUGCCACGUCAAUGGAUAGUACUGGAUUUGGAAGGACAAUCUCAAAGAAAUCAAUUGAUAUGGCACUCAGACAUAUGGAUAUUCGCACUGGUUCUACAGGGGGUGGUCGCAGUCUCUCAGGCAUAUCUGUUUUCCCUCAGAGUGUGAGGCCUGGCAUGGCUAAAGGUGGAGUAGGUCUCCAGCGCGGUACUCGUGUAUUAGAUUCUUAUCCUCCACGUUCCACUAGCAGCAACAAUGGUAGAACACCUGGCCAUUCUAACGCACCGUCCAUGUCAGACAAUGGGAGUGUAUCUUGCCUUGAUAUGUCUCAGGAUGGGGAAACAGAAGAAAUCGCCAGUCGCUUUACUGGAAAACUUAGUGAACCUGAUAUCUACGACAGCUCUAGAUACGAAAUGCUUCUGCUGAAAGAAGACCUUAAGAACACAAAUUGGCUUCAGACCAUGGAUGACAAAUCUGAUUUAUUUGAGCAUCAACCUCUUCCAGAACCAUUCGACCCUUUAUAGAUUUUUAUGUUCCUCCAGAUACUUUUGUUAAUGUUUUCUUCUGUAACCCUUUAUAAAUUGGUCUUUUUCAUUUUUCCUUGGUGCGGGAAGAAUUUCUCAUUCGUCCCUUUCAAAAAUACGAGUCUCAAGAUUGUUCUGUUUCCAGGAGUGUAAGUACUAAUUGUGUGCUCUAACAGUGAAAAGUAAAAUAAUUAAAAAAAAAAAAAUGAUCCGAUAAUGAAUUUCUGGCUUCUCUA